AUGAUGGGACAAAGGCUCAGAAAAUGCAUCGCCCUUUGCCUGCUGCCCUGGAGCUGCCUGGGCUUCGCCUGGAGUGAUGCUGCUGGGCCCGGGACUGCCUCACCCGGGGCAGGACACAUCAGAAAGGGGCUGCCCCAAGACACUGCCAACGGGACCUACUUGCACAGCAACAUCUCAGCACCAUGUGCAGCACUCAUCCCACCACACUAUGGAUUCUACUACGUGGACAGAGGCUCGGGUGUCUCCCUGGGUUCGGUGCUUGUGUACUGGUGCCAGGAUGGGUACCAGCUGGUGGGCAGCCAGAGGCUGUCCUGCCUCCGCCGGGACAGCGCUUCUUCCUGGAGCCACCCUCCGCCCCGGUGUCAGGCCGCCCUGCAGCCCUCAGGCACUGGCUCCCGCGCUGCAGUGGCCGCAUCGCUGCUCAGCGGAGCUGUUAUCCUGGUGCUGUCCAUCUCCUUCGCCAUCUGCUGCUGGCGGGACAGGGCGAGGAGGAGGCGAGCGGGGUGACAGCACAGGAGGAAAGCCAGAGGAAGAUGGAGACAUGAUCACUCCACUCCUGAUAGGGCAAGGAAGGCUUUUGGGAGACUGAAACACUACCACCGGCGCGAUUACCACCUUUCAGCCCUUUCCAGCUCUGUGUUCCCAGGGGCACUGGCAGGCUGCAAUAACCUGGCUUUCCAAAGGUACUGCUCAGCCCUGGUGCUGGUACUGCCCCCCAGCUCCUCACACGGGGGCCAAGGGCUGCUCCCAGUCUCCCUGGAGGCAGGAGUGGCCAGAUCACCUAACUGCAAUGAAACCCUUGCAUACGCUCUUUUCAAGGGGGGCGUUGAACCAGAGGAUCGGGGUUCCCCUUUGCCCUGCCUCAGAAUCGCCUGGAGCUGGCACCCAGCAGCGCAGGUCCUGCCCCAGCUGGUGUCAUCCAGCAGCGCCCUGCCCAGCCAGCCACACCACAGCAUCCUGCCCAGCCAGGCCCACGGGCCCAGGGGCCUGCUGCCCCUCUACCACAGAAGCCUCGAGGAACACCAGCUCUUCAACAAGUUUGGGAGGCUGGAAGUGAAGACAGCCAGAUACCAGGCACAAGGAAUCAAUGUCAUUGCAUAA